AUGGCGCUUAUUUCUGUAUUUGACUGCAUCUCCUUGACCGUAUAUGCCUUCACCUUCCUGCUUGGCCUCCCUGCCAACUUUCUGGUUUUCUUUGUCUAUGUGCGUAAAGCUCAAAAACAUGGUGCUACUCCUAAUGUGGUUUAUACUAUCAACUUGUGUUUAUCAAACCUCGUCCUGGUUGCCUGGAUGCCUGUGCAGUCUGCCUACACAGUUCUUGAUAUCUGGAUCCUACCAGAGUUGCUCUGUCCAAUUUACAACUUCUUUGUUGUGGCCUCACUUUAUGGCAGUGGACUCCUGCUGACAGCUGUGGCUGUUGGACGUUAUCUGAGUAUUGCCUUUCCAAUCAGCUAUAAACUUUAUCGCCGUGCUCGCACAUCCUGCAUGAUCAGUGCUCUCUUGUGGGCUAUAGUGCUUUUGCAUCUCAGCUUCGCUUUGGUAGCAGAGAAACGGGCCUACUUUGUGUCUCCAGACAUGCUCAACACAUCAAAGUGCUAUGAGAACUUUACGAGUGAGCAGCUGGAUGUGUUGUUGCCGCUACGCCUAGAGAUGGCAAUAGUGCUAUUUGCUGUGCCACUCCUGCUCUCUGUGUUUUGCACACUGCGCUGCCUAGCACUGGUGAAACAGUCAUGCCUUUCGACUGGCAGAAAGCGGCGCAUCCUGGCCAUGGAACUCUCAACGCUCCUGGUCUUUGUGGUAUGCUACACACCAUACAACGUAUCUCACGUGGUUGGUUUCAUCGUGGACGACAAUGUGACCUGGAGGCGUGAGGCCAUUAUCUCCAGCUGCUGCAAUGUCUUCCUUGAGCCUGUGGUGAUGUUGAUGUUGUCGCCCUCAAGGCCCAAGAACCUGCUCUGUAGACUGUGCUUGAAGCGGACCCCUAAGCAACAUCACAAAGGCAUUAUGCAGGUGAAGGAUGCUCUGGAAACCAUGCAAAGAGGGACGAUGUCAAUCAAAUGA